AUUUGUGCAUCUUAAGUGGAGAAAUCAAAACGAAAAUGGAAAUGAAGAAGUUGUUUUACAUCGUGGGAGUCCUCACUGUUCUGGCAAUUGCCAGCUUCGAUGGAGCAUAUGGAGCUGGUGAAUGCGGGAAAGCAAAUCCCAACAUGGAAGCUAUGAAACUUAUUCCAUGUGCAUCUGCAGCGCAGGAUGCGAAUGCUCCUGUUUCCAGCAAAUGCUGCGCUCAGGUGAAGACAAUGGGACAGAACCCCAAAUGCCUUUGCGCUGUUAUGCUCUCUGAUACUGCUAAAAGUUCUGGUGUCAACCCAGAAAUUGCCAUAACAAUUCCCAAACGAUGCAACCUUGCUGAUCGCCCUGUGGGUUAUAAGUGUGGGCGUAAGUCAUUUGUAGCACGUUUAUUAAAAUCUUGUCCACUUUACUGCCCAUGCGUAUACACUGCCUUGAAGUCACGAGGACUGAAGAUUGCUAACCAUGUACCUAUGCAGUCUUAUAUAUCAAAUAUGUAACAAUAUGAAAACUUUAAUGUCUGAUCCAGUGUUCAAAUAAAUAGUGAACUUCUUGUUCUGCUUUUUGUAUUUGAAAUUGGACAUAAUGCUUGCCAUUUUCAA